AUGGAAACGUAAACAAAACGGCCUGAGUACUGGCAGUGAUUUGAUCCGUACAUUCUGUUCACUUGCGCAUGAACGGCGAUUUUGUUCGUUAUUACGCAAAAAACUGACCUCUGCUCAAUUUUACAAGUGGAAUAUUUGCAUUUCUUUUUCAUAGAGCCACCAGAAUGGAUCUGAACAAUGUUAGACGUGUAUCCUCUGCAGGCUACCGGUUACCGCAACGAUCCAGUGAGACCAGGCCGAUAUCAACGCAGCCACCUGCGGACAAAAGUCGCUACGCUAAAGGAGACGCGGUGUCCGCGGCGCACAAUCCAGACAGGAGUGACACCGUUAAACAGGACCAAGUGUGGAAAGAGUCGGUGUGGAGUGAGAGGAGAGGAGUCCGGGAAUGGGAGAAGAACUGGAACUUUCUCAGGAACUAUGAUCAGAUGGGGCAACUGAAGUCAAAGGAGCCUUUACCCAGCUACGUGUCGCUCUUCUCUGACCGUGUACCAAACACCACCAACCAGAUGUUUGGGAGCAGAUUGUCCACUCCGCUGGGGAGUGAACUGGUCAAACUGGACAGGCUGCUCCUCUGGUCUGCAGGCCAUCGCAAGCGUAAGCAGGAUCCAGAGAUGCUGCCCUACUAGACGGCUCUGGAGACAAGUCGUUUUACAUUUGCACCGCCGCACAUCAGGUCUUUCUUUAACCUGGACUCAUUGAAGCUUGGACAGGACUGUCCUCAUAGGGCUCCAUUGGGUUUGGCAUGGUGUGGUACUAGCCAUAUAGCUAAGUUUAGAUUUGAUGCUGUGUUUUUCUUUUUAGUUUUUUGUCAUGAUAACGGAUGAAUUUAAAGUAAAAUACAGACAUCUACUUAGAAGCCAUAUCAGGGGAGCAGUCAGGAGUAAUGAGAAAAUGAUGUUUGCUGUCCUACAUUUGCUAAUUUCAUUCAUUGGUCAUAUUUUACUUUAUGGAUGCUUUUUACAGCAAAGUAUGUUACAUACAGCAACUACAAAACUUAGAGGCAUUUGCUCAGCUAUAAAGACAGACGAGAAAGGAAUAAACAGGCAGAUCACAUUCAUGUCAUCCGAGCUCUGCCAGGUAUACUUGAUAAUCUAACACGAUACCUGGUUAAAUCUGGAUGAGUGAAAGGUUGAAUCACUACUAUGUUUCUCUGUCAAAGGCUUGUGUACAUAAAUAGUGUUGCAGGGACUCAACACUAAAAGCUUAAAAGCAGGCAUAGAGUAGCUGUAUGCUUGAACAAAUACUCAUGUAAAUUCAUAAUAAAGAAAAAAACAACAUAAGAUACAUUUUAACAGCUCUAUGAUAAGAAUUUACCAUGUAAGAAUUUUACUUACUGAUGCUAUUAGAACAAACUGUAUUUUUGUGUUAAAUUGGUGGUGUUUUAUUUCAUUAUUUUAUUAUUUUAAAAUGCCUAAAAUAGCUGUUACAUGUUUUCCAGGAUCUUUAAGCCAUUUUCCAUGGUGGAUCCAUGGAAUUAUAUUAAUUUCAUUUUUUGUGAUUUUGAUGAUGGUGGAGCUUUUUUUUCUUCUUUUUAACCACCUGCACUUUAUGUGAACGGCAGCAUGUCAUAUCUCAGGUUUUUAUACUGUCCUUUUGUAUUGCAUUUGGUGUAUUGUAAUUUCAUGUUGUUAUAAAUCACUGCUCCUUUGUCUAAAUUUGAAUAAAAAAAUGUUGGUCCCCAGAAAAUUUGAAAAACUUAUCUUAAGAUGGUUUUAUGAUCUGGAUGUUGCAUCAUAAUCAAUAUCAGUC